AUGCACCCCAAACAGAAAACCACUGUCAUCGACAUCCUGCUGGGCUACUACACGGACGAAGCGCUGGCUCAAAUGCUGAGCUUGGCGAAGAAGAACCCGAGUACGGAGAAGCUGAAAGACCCGACAGAAGUCUCCAAGCUGCUGAACGCGGGUACGUCUGAUGCGCUCUUGCAAACGUACGUCAGCAAGUACAACUGGGCGCCGCAGCUAGAAACGUGGCUCGAGUACGUCGACUUCUUCAAGACGAAGCACCCUGGAACGCAAGAGUCGACGAACGCGAUCUUGACAGCACGCUAUGGAGACGAAGCUCUGGCGAAGAUGAUUAUUGAGUUAAAGGCGAAACCCGACACAGCGAAACUCGCAAAAGAAAUGGAAACGGAGCAGAUGAAAGGGUGGAUGAGCAGUCAGACGUCACCCCAUCUCCUGUUCGAGUUGCUGGAUUUGAAAGGGGCAGGCGACGAUCUCUUAGCGGAUCCACUUUUUAGCAUUUGGGAAUUCGACGAUGAAGCUCUCACCAAGAUUAUCAUCGUCGGCAAGAGUUACUCGAAAACAUCGCAAAGAGCCAAGGCACUACAGAAGACCCAACUUUCGAAGUGGCUGGAAGAAAAACAAGCUCAGGACUUUGUAUCCAAGUGGCUGAAGGUAAAGGGAACAGCAGCAGACAGUGUGGAAAGACUGACUUACCGAAAGUACCGCGAGAGCUACAAUGCGAAGUAUGAAUAG